AUGCCUCUCAUCCAUGUUGAAAACGAUGGUGAGCUAGAGUUGUGUCUCGUUUAUCAGGAUACAUUCAGUGAAAAAUUUGAAUUUAUCUCUGAUUUUGGUUUAUCCAAAAUAGCCGAAGAACUUGUAGGCACUAAGCCGGAUGAAGGCACUAAGCCGGAUGAAGGUGAACCACCGCUUGAACAAAUUCCGCUUCGUUGGAUGGCACCCGAAUGUCUGAAGCGUCCACAACUUUGGUCAUUGAAGAGCGAUGUUUGGAGCUAUGGUGUGGUGAGUCUGAUAUAG